GGAGGUGGCUGGGGGCCCACGCUGCCCAGGCCCGACAAGCGACAUCCUGGACAGCGAGCCCGGGACGUGAAGGAGAGACCACAGACAGGCACAAAGGCGGGCAUCGGGCAGUCGCUGCGCAGGUGGCGGUGGCUGGCAGUGCGCCCCCUCCCCACCCGUCUCCUCUCCGGCCCAAGUCAUCGACCCGGUCCCGCUGCAGCCCCUCCUGGGCCACACACCCUCUGCCCCUGAUGCUGAGGCCUGAGCUUCCCGAGGCGACUCUAAUCCGCGGCCUCGGCUCACAGCGUCCUGCCCUCUGCCGGCUCCGCCCGGGCACCGCUGCCUCCUUGGCUGCCCCUCCGGUGGCCACGCCUCAGACGUGGACUUUGCUGCCUUGGCAGGUGGGCCUGGCAGUGCCCCAGUGGCAGCAGCUGCCUGAGCUCGCCCACUGGCUGCAGCCACCAUGCCCGAAGGCGCCUGCCAGCUGUUCCUGCUGCUGCUGCUGGGCCUGGGUCUGGGGUCCCAGGAGGCACUGCCCCCGCCCUGUGAGAGCCAGAUUUACUGCCACGGGGAGCUCCUGCACCAAGUGCAGAUGGCCAAGCUCUACCAGGACGACAAGCAGUUCGUGGACAUGCCGCUGUCCUCCGCUCCAGACCAAGUCCUGCAGCACUUCCGCACGCUGGCCAGCACCCACAACCACAGCGUCCCCAGGCCGCAGCUGCAGGCCUUCCUCCAAGAGCACUUCCAGGCCACAGGGCAGGAGCUGCAGCCCUGGGUCCCUGAGGACUGGAAAGACAGCCCCCGAUUCCUAGAGAAGAUCGCGGACUCCAAGCUGCGCUCCUGGGCCAGGCAGCUGCACCAGCUCUGGAAGAAGCUGGGAAAGAAGGUGAGACCAGAGGUCCUCCGCCAGCCCGAGCGCUUCUCUCUGAUCUACUCACAACACCCCUUCAUCGUGCCCGGCGGGCGCUUCCGCGAGUUCUACUACUGGGACUCCUACUGGGUGAUGGAGGGGCUGCUCCUGUCGGAGAUGGAGGGGACGGUGCGGGGCAUGCUGCAGAACUUCCUGGACCUGGUGCAGACCUACGGGCAUGUUCCCAACGGGGCCCGCGUGUACUACCUGCAGCGCAGCCAGCCGCCGCUCCUGACCCUCAUGAUGGCCCGCUAUGUGGCUCACACCAACGACACCGCCUUCCUCCGGGACAACAUCGGGACCCUGGCCUUGGAGUUGGACUUCUGGGCUGAGAAGAGGAAUGUCUCUGUGAGCUUCGGGGGGAAGAGCUACAUCCUGAGUCGCUACCACGUCCCUUACGGGGGACCCAGACCAGAGUCCUACAGCAAGGACGCAGAGCUGGCGGGCGUGGUGCCCGAAGGGGCCCGGGAGGCUCUGUGGGCUGAGCUCAAGGCGGGGGCCGAGUCUGGCUGGGACUUCUCUUCACGCUGGCUCAUCGGGAGCCAGGACCCCAGCUCGCUCAGCAGCAUCCGGACCAGCAAGCUGGUGCCUGUGGACCUCAACGCCUUCCUGUGCCAGGCGGAGGGGCUGAUGAGCAGCUUCCACGCCAGCCUGGGGAAUGAGGCUGAAGCCACAAAGUACAGAAACCUGCGGGCCCGGCGCCUGGCCGCCCUGGAGGCCGUCCUGUGGGACCAGGAGAAAGGGGCCUGGUUUGACUAUGACCUCGAACAUGGAAAGAAGAACCACGAGUUUUACCCGUCCAACCUGGCUCCUCUCUGGGCCGGCUGCUUCUCUGACCCCUCCAUGGCGGACCAGGCCCUCCAGUACCUGGAGGACAGCCAGGUCCUUACCUACCAGCACGGAGUCCCGACCUCGCUCCGGAAGUCGGGCCAGCAGUGGGACUACCCCAACGCCUGGGCUCCCCUGCAGGACCUGGUCAUCCGAGGUCUGGCCAGGUCUCCUUCACCCCGGACCCAGGAGGUGGCUUUCCAGCUGGCGCAGAAUUGGAUCCAAACCAACUUCCGUGUCUACUCCCAGACGUCAGCCAUGUACGAGAAGUAUGACAUCAGCAGUGGUGGACAGCCAGGUGGCGGAGGGGAGUAUGAAGUCCAGGAGGGGUUCGGCUGGACCAAUGGCAUGGCCUUGAUGCUCCUGGACCACUACGGCGACCGGCUGAGCUCUGCGGCCCAGGCAGCUUUCCUGGAGCCCCUGUGCCUCGCAGCUGCCCUUCUGCUCGGCCUCCUGCUGCGGUGACGGCCCUGCCCCGUCGGCCUCAGCUCCUCCUGCGGCUCUAGCUCCCGCCUCAUUAAACGUGUGCAGGCGUCCCUGCCUUCGGCCUCGUCCUUCUCCAUCCCUGGGGAUCCCAUGCCCUCCUGGGCCUCCCGCCAGUCCUCCGAGUGGAGGGGGCAGGGGAGGGCUCUGGAGGCCAUGGAUUGGCCCCUGGGUCCCUCCUGGAACUUUUCACCAGGUGGAAAUCCUGCUUUGUGGGGCAGAACCAACUCUCCUACCCCGUGAGCCUCAGCCAGUGCCCCACACAACGCAGCCCCCCAGAAUCACACGCCAAAUACUUUAUUGUUCUGCUGAGAUGCUUACAAAUACUGAGAACCACCCAGCCUGGACCCGAACCCGGGCCCAGCACUGGAGGGGGCGGGGAGCUGGGCUUAGUGUUAAGGCGGGAGGACUGCAGCCAGGCCGCCGGAGGCCUCGUCCUCUGCUCCAUGGUCAUCCCCUUCGGAGGCGGGACUUCAGGGUCCCCUCCUCUGAGCUCCUCUCCGGCUCAGGCUUCCUCAGGGAGCCCCGCACAGAACCCGAGGAAGGCCCUUCCAGCCUCCUCCUCCUCCUCGGGGCCGAGAUACCCUGACUUCAUCCCCUCUGGCUCUAAGCAAGGCACGAGUGGACGGGAGAGGGCUGGCCGGGGCCAGCAGCUGUGCGUUGGCCUGGGGACGGGCUGGGGAGGGAGGUGUGAGGUCCCAUUUCCCCAACAUGAGAUGCCUAAGGGCCUGGGCUGGAGAGAUGAUGGCACGUACCCUCAGAUGGGCCACAGCUUCAGCAGUGAGCAGAGCCACACAGCCACGGCAAUUAGUAUGUAACCAUGGCAGUGAAACAGUUACUAUGGUGACCAUGGUGAUGGUUCUGCAAAAAGGGGAUGGGGCUGACCCCUCAAAGAUAAAACGUGAGGCCUCUGGCCCUUGAGCAAAGUAAUAAAAGUACAAAUGCGGGCGGACGAUGGGGUGAGAGCAGGGCCUGAGCAGCACUGCCUGAGCUGCACCCCACUCUGGAGGCAGCCCUGCUCGGGCCCCCACGGCCCCUGCAAAGGAGGCUGAGGCAAGAGGGGAUCUUUGGCAGAUUCUGGUACCGUAAUUGUCCUUGACACAGAGAACACAUAGGGCAGGACCCUGCAGGGUUAUUCCAAGUUCCGGGCUCCUGGGCUGCGGAAACCCCCCGCCCCACCCCGC